AUGUGUCAAUCCGUGCAGUUUUGGUGCAUUGGGUGCAGGGAAAUUCGCCCGGGACUCCAUAUCCAGACGUGCGAAAAAUACGACGCCGCCACCAACUCCUGCGUCGACCUCAAGCUCGAAAACCCGCCCUUGAGGCCCCAUCUCCAAUACUGCGACAACCUCAAGUGCAAAUACCUUGAUCCUGCCCUGGUUUGGCAUCCCGAUCGUCCGUUGUCCCCCGAGUCGCAAGUCUUUGCCGACCGCCUGAAAGAUGCCGUCAAAUUUGCGACCGCCCUCGAGGCUGCGCGUGCUCAAGCAGACAAGAAAGUUGACGCGCUUGGCGACUCUGAGAGUCUCAAGGCUCAAGCCUCCAGUUCCACCACCGGUGACACCUCAAUCGCGUCACGACCACAGACCACGACGUCGAGUAUGCAUGCUGCUACUGUUCCUGAGAGUGUGAGCCGCACUGGAAAUGGCCACUCCAUCUGCCCCGAGGAGAGGGCGACCCAACAGAGCAGCUCUCAGCGGCGGCAAGCUGGUGCUGGUCUGCCGCAGUCCGCGACGUCGCGCGGUGUCGUCCAAAAGCCCGUCCAUGCCACACCUUCGCCUUUGCCUUCCCAAGGAAUCCGGCAAGGCAUCAUCAGCACGAGGGCCACACCAGAACCCUCCAAACUGGCUGGAACACCAAAGCCGUCGCCGCAUCUCUCCGAGCCCGGUCAUCCAACUUCGAUUUAUGGCUCGCCAUCCAACAUCUUCCAGCAAGCACAUGCCCAUUGCACCGUCCCACAACUCGGAGGUCCCGUAACGCCGAGCUCAAUAGAGCAGAGAGGGACUGGAUCGUAUGCUACGCCUGUGAAUGGCGGACUGAGAGCGCCGGCUGGAAUGAGACCGGCGCACAACCAGCAGGUGUUGACCAUGCCGGUCGUAAACUCGCAGCCAUCAACUUCAUCCGCCAGAGCCCGACAGGCCAUGAAUCCUGGGCACCGAGCCAUCAUGGAAAAGCUGUUGAACCCCAAUGCCGUAUUGCCUUCUCGAAGCAGUCGCAGUCCCUCGGUACAACACGUCCAGCACAGCCACCAAACCCCCAAACUCAGCGCCACCGUUACGCCUUUGCAAUCUCAACCGGCACCGCCUGCAAGAACGCCCCAGUCUGCUAUGGCCGGCAUAAACGGGAUGUCGCCAGAGGUUGCUGCUUUUGCGAAGAGUCUCGAGGCCCAAGUCUAUGGAUUGCAUCGCGAUCACUACCAACCGAUGCCUCCCUCAUACGGCAGUGAUCACGGGACAAUGAACAGCGGCACGAUGACCAACGGGACAAGAAACAAUAGGAACUUGAUGUACCAGGAUCAGAACGUCCUCCCUGGCACCAACUCGCAGCAGGGCAUUCCCAACAACUACUCGCCUUUCCAGAGAGCCCUCCUCAAUCAAAGAUACACCAACUAUCCCCAAGGUCACGGCGGCGGCCUAGUUGGCUUCGAUGCAUACCACGCCGGGGGACAGCAUGUGUCUGCCACGUCCUCCGACCCUUGGUCCAACCCGUGGGCCUCUGCGGGCUCUCAAUUUUCGCAAAUCGGUCAAGGCUACCCGCAGCAACAGAAUAUGAACAUGAAUCCAUCGCCCCAGACAGGCGCUAUGCCCAUGCCGAACUCCAACGGCAUCAAGAGGUCGUAUCCCGAGGCUUCCGAUGACGCAAAGAAGUCAUUCUACGGCGACGCACCAGCCGGGCCUCGCUGGGUACACCUCAGGAAACGAGCGCCCAGUCAAGCGUAUGAGAGUGUCGAUGCAGAAUGGACCGUCCAGAUCGGCCCAGUCGCCUGCUAA